GGGAGAGGGCAGUCAGCCUGAGGCCGUGAGUCUGCCGCCGCUGCGCGCCGCCCGGUGCCCGCCGGAGGUGGGCGAAAGGGUGCGAGAGCGCGGGGGAGGAGCCGAGCCGGGCGCGUCCCGAGCGCGCCGCCACCGCCCCCAGGAGUCCGCUGGAGCGCGGAGCCCCCUGCAGGGGAGGAGGCGAGCGGCUGGCGGGACGCGGCGGCGGGCGCGCACCAUGCAGUCCCCGCCCGGCCAGCGCCGGCUGCUCGCUCUGCUGUGAGGCGGCGAGGUCCCCUGGCAGCUGCACCCCGCCUUUCUCCCGCCCAGGUGCUGCCGGGCGCGCUCGCCCUUCGUCCUGCUCUCGGACUCCGGUGGGACGCACGGCCCGCCCCUGCCCUGCUCCUCCCGGAUCAUGCGGGGGGACCCGGAGGAAGAGAAGGCGAGUGACCGGCCUGUGCCGAUCGUGUUCGGGGGGCUCCCUGCUCUCUGAGACGCUCCCACCUGCUGCCAUGUGUCGCCGCCACCGGUAUCUGGCCUUUCGCUAAACUUUCUCAGCGCCGAUCCGAAUCGGAGUCGCGUUUCUGAGCGGUGUCCCAGGGACCGAGGACCCAGGCAGGCAGCAGAAAUCUGUCCCUUAGCAGGAUCCUCUGAGAGUCCUUUCCUUGGAAUCGGAGCCCUAACCGUCCCUCCCCAGCCCAAUCCCGCGAGGAGCUGAGUGCAACCAGUGGAGGCAGUGCCUUCCAGAAGCAGUUUAUCUUCGGACGGAUUUCUUUAAGAGAAAAAGAAACCAACAGGUUGCCAGCCCCGGCGUCACGCAGACUCGGGAGAGGGAAGCCCCGGCUCCGGAUUCCUCUGCCUGCGUUGGCCCCUUGUGGGCUGCGGGAGGCGAGGGGAGGGAGGGGGCGAUGGCUCGGCCUGACCCGUCCGCGCCUCCCUCGCUGCUGCUGCUGCUCCUGGCGCAGCUGGUGGGCCGGGCGGCGGCCGCCUCCAAGGCCCCGGUGUGCCAGGAAAUCACGGUGCCCAUGUGCCGGGGCAUCGGCUACAACCUGACGCACAUGCCCAACCAGUUCAACCACGACACACAGGACGAAGCAGGCCUGGAGGUGCACCAAUUCUGGCCGCUGGUGGAAAUCCACUGCUCCCCUGACCUGCGCUUCUUCCUGUGCUCCAUGUACACGCCCAUCUGCCUGCCGGACUACCAUAAGCCGCUGCCGCCCUGCCGCUCGGUGUGUGAGCGCGCCAAGGCCGGCUGCUCGCCGCUUAUGCGCCAAUACGGCUUCGCCUGGCCCGAGCGCAUGAGCUGCGAUCGUCUCCCAGUGCUGGGCCGUGACGCCGAGGUCCUGUGCAUGGAUUACAACCGCAGCGAGGCCACCACGGCGCCCCCCAGGUCCUUCCCCGCCAAGCCCACCCUCCCAGGCCCACCAGGGGCGCCGUCUUCCGGGGGCGAGUGCGCCUCGGGAGGCCCAUCAGUGUGCACGUGUCGCGAUCCCUUCGUGCCCAUCCUGAAGGAGUCGCACCCACUCUACAACAAGGUGAGGACGGGCCAGGUGCCCAACUGUGCAGUGCCCUGUUACCAGCCGUCUUUCAGCCCGGACGAGCGCACUUUCGCCACCUUCUGGAUCGGCCUCUGGUCGGUGCUGUGCUUCAUCUCCACCUCCACCACUGUGGCCACCUUCCUCAUCGACAUGGAACGCUUCCGCUACCCUGAGCGCCCCAUCAUCUUCCUGUCUGCCUGCUACCUGUGCGUGUCGCUGGGAUUCCUGGUGCGCCUGGUCGUGGGCCAUGCCAGCGUCGCCUGCAGUCGGGAACACAGCCACAUCCACUAUGAGACGACAGGCCCCGCGCUGUGCACCGUCGUCUUCCUGCUGGUCUACUUCUUCGGCAUGGCAAGCUCCAUCUGGUGGGUCAUACUAUCGCUCACCUGGUUCUUGGCGGCUGGCAUGAAGUGGGGCAACGAGGCCAUCGCAGGCUAUGCCCAGUACUUCCACCUGGCCGCGUGGCUCAUCCCCAGCGUCAAGUCCAUCACGGCGCUGGCGCUGAGCUCCGUGGACGGGGACCCCGUAGCGGGCAUCUGCUACGUGGGCAACCAGAACCUGAACUCGCUGCGUGGCUUCGUCCUGGGCCCACUGGUGCUCUACCUGUUGGUGGGCACGCUCUUCCUUCUGGCGGGCUUCGUGUCGCUCUUCCGCAUCCGUAGCGUCAUCAAGCAGGGUGGGACCAAGACGGACAAGCUGGAGAAGCUCAUGAUUCGCAUCGGCAUCUUCACGCUGCUCUACACGGUGCCAGCCAGCAUCGUGGUGGCCUGCUACCUGUACGAGCAGCACUAUCGCGAGAGCUGGGAGGCCGCCCUCACCUGCGCGUGCCCGGGCCCCGACGCCGGCCAGCCGCGCGCCAAGCCCGAGUACUGGGUGCUCAUGCUCAAGUACUUCAUGUGCCUGGUGGUGGGCAUCACGUCGGGCGUCUGGAUCUGGUCCGGCAAGACGGUGGAGUCUUGGCGGCGCUUCACCAGCCGCUGCUGCUGCCGCCCGCGGCGGGGCCACAAGAGUGGCGGUGCUAUGGCCGCAGGGGACUACGCCGAGGCCAGCGCCGCGCUCACCGGCAGGACCGGGCCGCCCGGCCCCGCCGCCGCAUACCACAAGCAGGUGUCCCUGUCGCAUGUGUAGGAGGAGGCUAUGGCCCAGGGACCCGUGCUGGGAGUUGAGGGAGGGGGGGGUUGUUUUGUUGUUUUGUUGCGAAGAUCACUUCCGUUUACCUUCAUGGUGCUGAUGUCCCUCCCCUCCAGGGGCGACUUGGAGAGGGGGAAAAGGGGCAGUCUCAAGGGAGUACCUGUCCCAGUUCUCAGAGGGGCUCAGCUCACGUGUAUUCUAGUUUGCAUUUCUUACUGCCUUCUCUAGAGGAACCCUCUUUUUAAUUUAUAUGUAUUUUAAUUUUUAACUUUGUUGCAUUUUGGCAACAAAAAUUACCUUUGCUUUGUGGGCUUUACAAUCCUCAUGUUGGCAUUGUAAUGAGGUUACACUUGGUUCAGGUUUCUUUGAACUGUGUGGUCUAAAUUGGGAAAAUAUAUUUCCUAUACGUGUGUCUUUUUAAAAAUGUGAACCGUGAAAAUGUGGGCUCCUGUGACUGGGAAGGUGUGGAGUGUGCUUGUCAGUUAACUUCUUCCACUGCUUCAAAAGUGGCCAAGAAGACCAGCUGCUUGUUCCUGUGUGUAGCCCCAAGCCCUCCCAAGGAGGGGAGCAUGAGGUGGUUAAGGCCUCCCCAAAGUGACCAGAUUAGGAAGUUCUAGGGAUCUUGUCCUUAACUUUGUUUAUUGAGCUUCAGGUUCCUUUCAGUAGUACUGUAAUCUUUCUCAUUCCUGACAGAGCCAGCUUUGUAUAUUGAAUAAGUUAGAGAUGGCAUUAUAGAAUAUCCCACAUAAACGUUUGCCACAGGGAGGGCCUAUGGGAUGGUGAUUGGUUGAUGGUGGAUUCUAGACUGGUGCCAGCAAAGGACUGGGUGGUUCUUACUAAGCUCUAGUGAUUAUUAUUAUUUUUUUAAAAAAGGAACUUGGGCUACAAUUUUGGUGAAAAUAAGCCUGCUCUCUUCUUCUGGAAGUACUUAGGGAUCCUCUCUA